AUGAGUAAAUUGUCAUCAAUCAGUUCUCAUGAUGUUUUAGACAGUGAAUAAGAAAUUUCAAAAAAAGCAUUUAUACCUUCUCUACGAACUCCUUUUGAAAACGAUAAACUUAAAUUAAGAAAGGAUGAAGAAUAAGAAUAUGUACAAAAUAUUAUAUAAAAGAGACUUCAUAAAAAAUAAAUUUGAGUAAUUAAUUACUAUAUUCUACUGCACCUGUAUUAGAUACAUUAUCAGAAUUAUUGUUAGAUUUAGAUUUAUCAAAUAACUUAUUGCAUUAAUUUCCAAAUCAAUUAAAGUAUAAUUUUCUAUAAUUAAUUAUUUAGAACAUACACUAAGUUAAAGAUCCUGAAUUUGAGUUUUAAUUAAAUCUAAUAAAUUCCAAUAAAAUUUCAUCUUCCAAAUUUAGAAAAAUUAAUAUUGUCAGAUAAUUAGAUAAGUAUAUAUUAUUUAGUUGAUAAAUAUAGAAUAAUUACCAUCUAGUUUAUUUAAAUUAAAUACUUUAAAAGAAUUAAAUUUAAAUAACAAUAAUAUAGAGUAUUUACCAUCAGAACUAUUUGAUUUAAAAUUAAUUUAUCUUGGAUUAAGAUCUAAUAUGUUUACUACAAUUCCAGCAAGAUUUAAUGAAAUAUUAGAAUCAUUAUAAUAUUUUGAUCUUGAUUGGUUUGAUUAUUGUGCUAUAAGUUGUUAACUUGAUAAAUAAAUAAAAUAAAAAUUAGUUUAAUUAGGUUAGAGAGUAGUAUAAAGAUAAGAAAUUAUUACAUUUUCAUUAUUUUAUUAUUAUAUGAUUGGAAAAGUGUUUGAUAUAUAGUAAUUCAUUUAAAAGUAUUAAAUAUAAUAUUAUUAGUGGUAAGAAUAUAUUAUUUACAUUUAUAUAAAGAGAUUCCAUAGGAUUAUUAAAGUAAUUUAGUUAAAAGUAUCCAGAAUUAAUAUUUAUAAAAGAUGAGGAAGAUUGUUCUCCUCUUCUUUAUGCAUUCAAUCUUCAUAGAAUAAAGUGUAUUCAGUGUUUGUUACCAGCUUUUAGGAAAAAUACAAUUGAAAUGCAAACUAUCUUUAUGUUAACAGCAAAACGAUUGGAUAUUUAAUUAAUGAAGAUCUUAUUAUAGAAUGGAAUUGAAUUAAAUUAGUAAAUAGAGAAAGACAUUAUUGGACCAAAUAAAAUACUUGUAGCUAAUGGAUCAACUGUUAUGCAUGUAGCAAUGACAUCUUUUGGCAGAAAUGCAUAACAAUAAUAAUAAGCAUCAAUUAUGGUCAAAGUAGUUUAAAACUUAAAGAAUAGCUUCUUUUAGACAUGGGAUGCGAUCCAAACAUUAGAAAUCCAAUGAAAUUAACUAGUUUACAUGCUGCUGUUAAAUUACCAUCUUUAGCUGCAGUAAGAUUUGCUAGUAAUAGCACUUAAUUUGAUUUCCACAAAAGAGAUCUAUUUAAAAAUACUCCACUUCAUAGUGCAGCUUCGAUGGGUUUAGUUAGUAUUUUGUAAUUGAUUUAAGGAAAGAAUGUAAAUCCAUUUUCUUUAAAUCUAAAUAAUAAGACUGCUAAAUAAGUAUCUAUAGCAUCUUUAUAAGUAAUUAAAAUUUAAAGGAAAUAUGAAAAUUAAUAUUUAAGAAGAAAAUUAUUAAUAGAAAAUGAAGAUCAUAGAACUUAUUAAAAGAAUGAGAAUUUAACUAGUCUUAAUAGUUAUUAAACAAUAUCUUAAAAUUAAUAGAUAACAGAAAUUAAAAGUCAAAUUCCAUCUCCUUAAUCUUAAUAAUAAUAAAGAAAGAUAUUUAGAUUGAAUUUAACUUAAGUUAAAUUAAUGGAAUAAAAUGGUUUACUUUCAAAUAGAUAACAACAAUCAUCUUAAAGAUCUUUGGCACCUAAAAUCUAAGAAAUUUUAUCAAAUAUUUCUUAAAUAAUGAGAAAAUAUCAAUAGAGUAAUAAUCUUCUAUAAGAAAUGAAGAAAUUAUAUUAUUGUACUGAAGUACUUUAAGAAAAAUUAAUAAUUUCUAUUUUUGUAAAUCUGAUUAUAAUGAAAUUAAAAUAUGGUUGGAAAUACUUAUCUAGUAUUGGUACAUCUACAAUUUCAGUAUUAAAUCAAACAAAAUUAAUCUAUUAAAAACCAUAAAGUGUUAAUGAAUAUUUUAUAUAUUAGAAUUAAGAAAAGAUUGAAAAAUAUAAAUAAAAUUGUCUAAAUAUAUAGAAAAUAGAUGAUAUAUCAAAUGCAGAUUUUAAGAAUUAAAAAUAAUAAUUAUCAUUAAACUUAAAAUAUAAUUUACAUAAUAAUUGGGAAGAAACAAUUAAUUAAUAUGAAGAAUUCUAUUAAAAUAGUAUGGGAGAUACUUAAUGGAUGAUUAGUGUAAAAGGACUCAAAAUUUAAAAUAAAAUAAAGACAGAUAAUAAUAAUAGAAUGUUAUUAUAUUAAUAUGAAUAAUUUUAAAACAAUUCAGCUUCAUAAACUUAAUUUAUUAGAGUAGUACUAAGACAAAUGGAUUAUUAUAAAGAGUUGAAAGUUGAUAAUUCUGAAUCAGCUGGUAGUUUAAGUGAUAGAAUGAAUUAAUAUAAUAAAAGUCCAUUAAUAAAUAAGAAAAAUAAUUAGUUUGUGAAUUUAAAAUCAAACAAAAUGGAAUUCCUUUAUAGAAAUGUAAGUUAAACAGCAAGAAGAGUAUCUCCUUAAGUUUAAUAGCAUCUUGGAGAAAAGGCACAGACCUUUCGAAAAGAUUCUGCUAUUAUUAAUUCUAUAGAUUUUACUUUAGAUAAUUUAUGA